AUGGCAAACGCUAGACCGCCGUGUCUGGUUUGCAAUAACACCGAAAGCAAAUACAAAUGCGCCCGCUGCAACCUAUACACGUGCUCGCUUCCAUGUUUCCGUGAGCAUCGGGACAAUCAUCCACCUGUGGAGCCCCUUACGCCGCAAUCAAAAGAUAGCUCAUCAGGAGACGACGUCAAGUCUCAACCUAACUACACAUUUACCGGUGAAAAAGCGACGCAUCAAUUCACCUCCAAGGGCUUAGAAAUCGCCGACAUGCCAGAGUACAGAGACUUGACCAAGAAAUACCCUAACUUGGAGCGUCUGCUUUGGAAUAUUGCCGCAGCCACAGAUCCUCCAGCCACCGGCGGUGAUAGCAACGGGAAGCCUAGUACAUUCCCUAGUUCUAAUAAAGGUAACCGCAAGGCGGCUCAACCCUGGACAAAGGAAACGGGCUACGAGAAUGGCAUAGAGGUGCUCCGCCAGACUCGAGAUACCCCUGGAAGCGAUAGAGACGCCCUUAAGGAGUACUGCGAGCUGGUCCGACUCUGGAAUUUCAGACGAGAAUCCGCCGAUAUGGAUGCCGAUCUUCGACAGCAGCUCGCUCGAGAUAAUGCCAGAGCCAUCGGAGAACUUUUGCGCACUGAAAAGGCCGACAUCUAA